AGACCGGUCCACGUAGACUAUGGGCCUAAAAGGUCUGCUUCAAACCAAAUAUGGACGUUUUCCUGUGCAUUUUGGGGAAUUUUUGGCAGGUCUUCUCAUGACAGACAAGCCGACCAGGUUUCUAAAGUGAAACCGGCCUCAAAUUUCAAAAUAUCCUGGGCGCUGUGUGACUUUGCCGUCGGUUGUUUUUCAAAGCUCCUUUGCCGCUCCCGCAGGCCAUCAUGUCAUGGGGCGCCCUUUACGCCCAGCUGGGCGGAGUCAACAAGCACUCGACCAGCCUGGGCAAGAUCUGGCUGUCGGUGCUGUUCAUCUUCCGCAUCACCAUCCUGGUGCUGGCGGCCGAAAGCGUGUGGGGCGACGAGCAGUCCGACUUCACGUGCAACACGCAGCAGCCCGGCUGCAAGAACGUGUGCUACGACCACUUCUUCCCCGUGUCGCACAUCCGCUUGUGGUGCCUCCAGCUCAUCUUCGUGUCCACGCCGGCCCUGCUGGUGGCCAUGCAUGUGGCCUACCGCAAGCGCGGCGACAAGCGCUCCAUGCUGGCGUCCAACGGCACCGAGAAGCCCAGCGACGUGGACAUGGAGACGCUCAAACGACGGCGGCUUCCCAUCACCGGCACGCUUUGGUGGACGUACACGUGCAGCCUCUUCUUCCGGCUGGUCUUCGAGGGCGGCUUCAUGUACGCGCUCUACUUCGUCUACGACGGCUUCCGGAUGCCGCGGCUGGUCAAGUGCGAGCAGUGGCCAUGCCCCAACAAGGUGGACUGCUUCAUCUCGCGGCCCACCGAGAAGACCAUCUUCACCAUCUUCAUGGUGGCCUCCUCCACCAUCUGCAUGGUGCUCAACGUGGCCGAGUUGGGCUACCUCGUGAGCAAGGCGCUGAUGCGCUGCACCGGCCGCCGUCGAAACAGGAGAUUGUCGUACAACCACAAGGAGACCGUCACGCGGGACGGCAGCGCCUUGCAGAACAAGAAGAACGAGCUGCUGCUCUCCGCACCUUCCUCGGACUCCUCCAUGCGCAAGACCGUGUGCUGAAUGAGAGCGCCGGAACCCAACACGACACCGGAACGCCGUGUCUCUACUGAUCGUGAGCCUAUGUCUGGUCUCGAUUGCAGAAAAACAAUCUAUGUUCACACGAAGGAGAUAUUUGUCAAGGGAAAUGGUAGUUUCCCAUGAAAAUGCCGUAUGCGUCCAAAAUCACAAAAAUCAGACCAGGAAACAAAUUUUGCAGUAUUCCCUUUUUUUUUUUUACAUUGUAGUGCAAUGUUUGUCCACAAAUAUGCAAAGGUACACCACAAAACCUUGCCUCAAAAACUAUGCAUCGUCACAAAAAGGAUAUAUUUGUCCAAAUAAAAUGCAACAUUUCACAAUUAAGACACUCCAACAUUUUCUACAAAGUAUUCUUUGCUUUCUUUUCACAAAAGUCCAAGAUGCAAAAGGCUGAUCCAUCAGGUCCAUAAAGUCUUGCCAUGGAAAAACUACAUUUGUUUACAAAAAGGCACAAAGGACCCUAAAAAAGGGUAUUGUCUUGUAUAUGCGAAUGCCCCAAAAGAACAACAGAGUGGUGUUCCUCAGGGAAGCAUUUGAGGUCCACUCGUUUUCCUUGCAAGAACAAAAGGUCCCAAUACUUUUGACCACACUGUCUAAAAAGUUUAAUGGUCUUUCUGUUUGGAUCCAAAGUAUUUGAACGCCUGUUUUGUGCAAGGAAAGCUGCAGCUGUGUUUUAAUUUUGCUCAGUUAGUUCAAAAGAUAGAAGCUAGAAACAAAAGAACAGGAAAGACUUAAGAGUGUCAUGUGACUUUAGAUUGUUUUUUUUUAAUUUAUUAACUCCGCCGUGAUGAUGUUUAUUUUGUGGUAAAGCUGUGUUUUUCUUGAUUUUUGACCAAGUCGCUACACUGACAUCUAGUGAGUCUGUGAUCUUUUUCACACUGUGUUGCUUAUUUACUCACUUUUCAGCUUGUUUUUUUUUUUGCAGCAUUUUUGUGAUCCAAAAGUGUUGAUUGAGCCCCUCAUGUUUUUAAUAUUAAAUAGCUGCUUAAAAUGGAAUAAACAUGACAAACACUAA